CCGGGACGGGACCCGGAAGUGGUUAUGGAGCUCCGCUGAGACACAGCGGACUGAGUUGUCUGUUGUUUUUCUGCGCUCCCUGCUCCUGCCACUGCCUCUGCCGCCGCCAUGGGGAAGCGACAGCAUCAGAAGGACAAGAUGUACAUUACCUGUGCUGAAUACACUCACUUUUAUGGUGGCAAAAAACCAGAUAUCCCACAAACAAAUUUUCGUCGUUUACCUUUUGACCACUGCAGUCUCUCUCUGCAGCCCUUCACCUACCCGGUCUGCACCCCGGAAGGCGUUGUCUUCGACUUGCUGAACAUCGUCCCAUGGCUUAAGAAGUAUGGGACCAACCCCAGCAAUGGCGAGAAACUGGAUGGGCGGUCCCUGAUCAAGCUUAACUUUGCAAAGAACAGCGAAGACAAGUACCACUGCCCGGUGCUCUUCACCGUGUUCACCAACAACACCCACAUCGUAGCCAUCAGGACCAGUGGGAACGUCUACGCCUACGAGGCAGUGGAGCAGCUAAACAUCAAGGCCAAGAACUUUCGAGAUCUGCUGACCGACGAGCCCUUCUCCCGGCAGGACAUCAUCACCCUCCAGGACCCCACCAACUUGGACAAAUUCAACGUCUCCAACUUCUUUCAUGUUAAGAAUAACAUGAAAAUGACAGACCCAGAUGAAGAAAAGGCCAAACAGGACCCAUCGUAUUAUUUGAAAAAUACAAAUGCUGAGACUCGAGAGACAUUGCAGGAGCUCUACAGGGAGUUCAAAGGGGAUGAGGUCCUGGCGGCCACCAUGAAAGUCCCAGAGAAGAAGAAGGUGGACAAGUUGAACGCUGCGCACUACUCCACCGGGAAGGUUAGUGCCUCCUUCACCUCCACCGCCAUGGUUCCAGAGACCACGCAUGAAGCAGCCGCCAUUGACGAGGACGUGCUGCGCUACCAGUUUGUGAAGAAGAAGGGCUACGUGCGGCUGCACACCAACAGGGGCGACCUCAAUCUGGAGCUGCACUGUGACAUGACACCGAGAACCUGCGAAAACUUCAUCAAGCUAUGCAAGAAGCAGUAUUACGAUGGCACCGUCUUCCACAGAUCCAUCAGGAACUUCGUGAUCCAGGGGGGUGACCCCACCGGCACAGGCACAGGUGGGGAGUCGCACUGGGGCAAACCCUUCAGAGAUGAGUUCCGGCCCAACCUGUCGCACACGGGCCGCGGCAUCCUCAGCAUGGCCAACUCGGGGCCCAACACCAACAAGUCUCAGUUCUUUAUCACCUUCCGUUCCUGCGCUUACCUCGACAAGAAGCACACCAUCUUUGGGCGGGUUGUUGGAGGCUUUGACACACUGACAGCCAUGGAGAAUGUGGAGAGUGACCCCAAAACUGACCGCCCUAAGGAGGAGAUCCGCAUAGACUCCACCACGGUGUUUGUGGACCCCUAUGAGGAGGCUGACGCUCAGAUUGCUGAGGAGCGGAAGAAGACGCAGCUCCAGGAGGCGGCGCCAGAGAGCACAGUGAAGAAAAGCCAGCCCAAGCCAGGGAGCCAGGGCCCCCCGACAUACCGCCAAGGGGUGGGCAAGUACAUCAACCCGGCAGCCACGAAACGUGUAGCAGAGGAAGAACCGUCAACCAGUACAGCUGUCCCCGUAGCCAAGAAAAAGCCCAGCCGCGGUUUUGGGGAUUUCAGCUCAUGGUAGCAGCAGGCUUGCUGCUCUGGACCCUGGUAGGGACACAGGGCUGGUUGUGUGUCCCCUGAGUUUUCUGCCCUCAUAAGCCUACCCUUUGGGCUGCAACUCGAAUAAAGUUCUUACCUGUUGUCUGGGUUCCCAUUCCUGGCCCCAGGAGCCACGGCCUCCUCAUCCUGCACCCAGUGCAGAACGGCCUGGCCCUGUUUCCAGGCCUGGGCCCAGCCAGAGCCCACGUCUUAGACUCCCAGGCACGGGGAGUGGCCCUUAGACCAGCCUGGGGUGCGGGCCUGGGAGGAAGGGCUGUGUCUGCUGAUCUGAUCCCGGUUAUUUUACGACCACCCACUGCCAUCCUCUUCUCACCGUGGUCCCUGACCAGUGGUGUCACUUGGGACCCUGUUAGAAACACAGAUUCUCAGACCCCAUACUUUCUGACCUGGAGGCUGGGGGCAGGGCUCCACGGUCUGUGUUUUGACAACCUUGGGUUUAAGGACUCUGGACUAGAACCUUGACAUUUAUUUUCAAAAACCUUUUCUGCUGUCUGUCGCUUGGGUUUGCUGAGUCCAGCCCACCCAGCAAGGACCACGGGUGGUCACAGCCAUGCCCACUGCACACCUGCUCUGGCACACCUGCUCGGGUCAGAGUUCCACCCCAGGACUACCUACCUUUCUGCCUCAGGAUGGUGACGAGACCACACGUGGGUGAAGCCAGCUGGCUCCUGCUGUUCCUGAUGGACGUGCAGAAGGCCCCAGGGAACUGGCAGGCCCCCUUCGCCCCCACCUCCCACCACCCUCAGGGCCUGUCCUUAUGCUCAAACACUGACCUUCAGCCCCAGCUCUUAGGGCUUCCGGGCCAGCCGCACCAGCAUUUCUAACUUAAAAAGAUCCCUUCCCUGACCUUAUUUUUCUAUAAAUGUCUUCAAAAAACUUAUUCUUGCCUGCCGGUCCUUGUUUUCCGUUCCUUCUGCAGCCUAUGCCAACCUAGCUUCCGUUCUCCUGACCCUGACACCACUACCUCAGCUUGCCCGAAGUGCCUCUGCAGAAACGUGGGGACAGUGACCUCCUCCCAGGACGCCCAUCUGCUCCAGCCCUGGGGCUCUGAAACGGUCACUGUGCACCCGUCACAUCCGCUCUCAAUGCCUAUGGCCCUCGGGGUGGCACAGGCCGCCCCCAACCCCCUAGCCCACCCCUCCACACUCAUCACACCAAAAUUCUAACUUGGCUCGAUCCUUGCUUUUUCUUUUCCCCCUCACUCCAAACCUCAAUUCCACCAAGAAGUCUCGACGGGUCAUAAUUCCAGAAUGUACCAUGGCUCUUCUUUUCCCCUCUGAUGCUGAGCUUCAGGCCCAAGCCCUUUGUCUCUCACCUGCCUCUGUCCAUGCCCCUCAUGCAUGUCCACACAGAUGCCAUGUCACGUUCCCAAAGCUCGCCAGCCCGCUGUCAUCUUGCUUCAGGCCAGUCACGGGCUUUUUGCUGCACUGAGAACAAGGUCUGCUACCGCCUACAGUUUGUCUCCCUGCCCAGAACCGCCGGCCAGGGACCUGAGCUGCACAGUCACUGGCCCUCUGCACCUUUAGCCAGGCCCAGUCCCGCUCUUCUUCAUGACCGCCUCCCAGCUAUAGACGUCUGACAGAGAACUCACUUGUGAAAGGCUUACCCGCUGUUUGCACCAACUCUCCAAAAGCCUGCCUCAUGGGAAGAGGGCUGGGCAGAAUGGGGGUGAAGGCCCUGGGGAUGGGGUAUAGUGUACCGAGGAUUUCUGGACUCCUUAGGGGAAGGGGCCUCACCGUUCAGCAGUUCAGAAGCAGGAGGUGAGUGCAGCAUAGCUGCAGCCCCCUAAUGCAGGGGUCGGCUUUUCUUGGGCCACGCUCACAGGCCCCAAGCAGGUGGGGAGCCCCGGUGGCCGGUGCUGCAGGCCACGUAUGACAGCACAGGACCAAAGCCGCCUAUGGAGAGGGGACCCCGCAGCCCCAGUGCAGGACACCAGGGCCUUGUCCCUCAGCUUCAGAGCGCCUAAGACAGGUGUGCUACUGAAAAGGAGACAUUGGACAUGGAAGCUUUAUUUGUAAACCUCAUACAGACACAGGACCAAAUGCUGGACACGGAGGCCAAGGGAGGCUUGUGCACUUGAGCUUGGCAGUCCUGUUCCGAGGGGCAAACCUCUGGGCCGGCCCAGGCUGCAGCCCCAGGAGCCGAUCCAUAGCGGGAGGACAGGCCAGCCCGGCGCCUUUGAUAAAUGAGGGUUUACAUUUCUGUGGUCAUUUUGGAGCUUUUUAAAUUGUAGUUUUCCAGAUAUUAAAACCACUUGGUUUUUGUUAAGUAUCUGGUGAGGUCAUCAAGUAAAUUAAAUGACUUGAAAAAUUCCCAUUUUUGAUCCUUUCUAACAUCUGACAGAUGCCAUCAAUAAGCGCUAAGGUAUAAAAAUACUAUAUGUACGUGUAUAUAAAAUGGCAACACAACUAAACCACAUUUCUAACGCAAAUGGACUGCGCCAGAGGACGCAGCGUAGUUUAAGUUAAAUGCAUUUAUAAUCCGGCGUCACCUCCCACUCCUCUCAAGGGAAAAAUAUUUUAAAUAAUUUAAAUAAAAGUCAGGGUUGAUAUUUACUGUUUAGGAAUUUAAGAGGGUGGAACAUUCCAGCACUUUACCAGCACAUCAUGGUCUCGUGGACGUCCUUCCCUGAAGCCAGCUCAUGGUCAGUUCAUUUGGUUUCAAAAGGAGCUUGGAUUUUGCAAAAGACCAACAAAACAGUGGUAAGAGUGUUGGCAUCAAUUACAAAAAACUACAAGUACGUUCAUAGGGCCACUAGGAGAAGGUUUCAAUGCUAUCACAAGAGACGAUACAAAAACCAAAGUGCUCAAAUCGAAGGAGCAGUAAACUUGCCCAGGACAUACAAAAGCUUUAAAUAUAAGUUUAGUAUAUACAAAAAUCAGUCAAAAGAAUUUUAGAAGAUUCUUCGGUUUAAGUGAAGAUCUUGUGGAGAAGCGCUCAGGAGCCACCGCCCUCAGCGCCCGCCGUUCGAGUCCCACGGCCCCGUUUCCCUGGUCCUCGCCUCCAGAUGCAGUACUGAGGUUUGUAGAGGAACCAAGACGAGAAGGGAAAUGGCAGUUUAGGCCAAGUUGUCAGUGCUUGGUACUCCUCAAGGAAGGUGUCUUUCAGUCCCUUCCACAUUUUCACUAAGGACAGAGCCGCAGAUGUUUACUGUUUCACGUGCCAGCGCGCAAGUGAAGCAUCUUCAGAUUUUGGACCAUGGCAGCAAGAGCACCGUGUGAGUGGCUGUGCCACGUGAAUGACCCUGCCCUGGAGGCUCGACGGCUGCACAGAUGAACACUAACUUGGAUACACGGGGAUGAGCCGGGACAGCCUAGAUCUGCGGGGACACCAGCUCAGAGAGCAGCAGCCGGCCGGAGUGCCUGCUAAGCGCAGAGGCUUCCACAGCUGUACAAAGAUCUUCCCUUCAUAGUCGAAGGUGUGCGUCAGGGGCUCCUCCGUGCACUAACUUGCCCUGACGUCCGUGCCCAGGGCUGCAACGUUUCCCACAUUCCAAGGCUUUGAAUCAGGCAGAGAUGGGGCCGAAAGGGACUCGGUGAGUUGCUGAACCAGAACCAGGCAGUUUAGCCCAGUGCCUGCACGGGCAACGGGCUCUAGGUUCAGAGGAGGCGGGAGUCAGGGAAGGGGCCUCCCUUCUCUCAUGUCCCCUGCCAACUAACACUCAUUGCCACUGGACUAACAUUGUCUACGGGCAGUUUCAGAGCCGUCCACAGGCUGGGAAUCACCUGGGCACCCCGCUCUCCUCUUGGCCUGCCUCCCCCAGGCCCUUUUCCUGCCCCUGGAGCUGGGUUCCCAUGAGUCUCAUGCCAUGGUGACCGCACCAAAGGCCUCCCCAGAUGCCUGCUGCACCAGGCCAGGCCCACCAGCUGGCAUCGAGUUAGAACACUGAAAACCAAAACUCAUGUGGGAAUGUUUUUUGGCCUCCAUUCUCUGCAAACUGGCCCAAACCCCUGCAUAGCGCCCCACUCCCUGCAGAAGCACGGGUGGAUCGGAACUUAAACUACGUGGCGGAAACUCAGGACUUAGGGGACCGUCCAGGUCCCUUCUGUGUCAGCCCAUGGGACAGAACCAGGCGGGGCAGGGGGACCCGUCGAGCAAACCAAACAUCUCAUUUACAAAGUUUAAACCUGUCUUGCAACUUUAACCUUUUCUGAAAACAUUAAAACAAUCUAGCAAAUCUCA